AUGUAUUAUCCAUAUGCAAUAGAAGAAUCUGAUGAGAAUAUUUCAUAAAUAGUUUCUAAUUAAGAUUUAGAAUUAGAUGAAGAUGAAGAUUUUAUACAAGAUUCUUAUUAAUCUCCUGAGCGUACAAUAUCAUCUAAUUCUGACAAUGAUUUUAAAGAAGAAUAGUUCGUUGAUCAAAGCAGAAUAAUAAAUUUAUCAGAAGUCAAAGUAUUUUUAGAUGAAGUUAUUUGUCCAAUAUGUUGUCAUAUAAUUAUUGAUCCAAAGAUUUGCUCAGAAUGUGAUCAAACAUUUUGUGGUAAAUGCAUUUUAAGAUGGUAUUUUAAUAUUGAUUAAUAUUUGAGGUUUCAAAAAAGUCCAAAUCAUUAAUGUCCAUGUUGUAGAAAGGAUUUAAAUAAAAAGAAUGGAUAUUAUAAUAAUUAAAGUAUUAUGGAUGAUAAAGUACCAAAAGUAAUGCUCAAAUUAUUAAGUAAAUUGAUGUUAACUUGCAGAUAUCGUGUAUUUAUUUUUUUAAAUAUAUUUAGUAAGAUGGAUGUGAAGAAAUUAUAUCUUAUGAUUUUCGUGAAAAACAUGAGAAUCAAUAUUGUUAAUAUUAAGAAUAAUGUUGUGAUAAUGUAGGUUGUUAUGAAACAAUGUUACGUAAAGAUUUUGAAGAUCAUUAAUUGGAAUGUAGAUAUGGUAUAGUUUAAUGUAAAUAUUGUUAAGAGGAUAAACUUAGAAUGGAUAUAGAAUUACAUGUAUAAAUUUUUAUCUAAUUUAGUUAUAAUAAUGUGAUUGUAGACCUAUAUUAUGUGAAUGGUGUUAAGAAAAGUAUUAAUAUAUUGAAAUUGAUGAACAUCGUGAUUUAUGUGAAUUUAAGAAUAUUCUUUGUGAAUAUUGUAAUAAGUAAUACAAAAAAUAUGAUAUGAAAACUCAUACACCCAUUUUUUGUUUGACUCAAUUAAAUAAACAAAAAGAUCAAAUUAUUUUAGAAUUGAAAAAAGAAAAUUAGUAAUUAAAGUAAAAUAAACCUAUGGAAUAGUCUGAUCUAAAUUAAUCAACCAAUGAAAUAUUGAGUGAAAAAUAUAAAUAAGAUUUUGAAGAAGAAGUUGAAGAAGUUAUUGAAGAAAAUAUUCAAAUUGAAGAUAGUGAUUAAGAACAAUCAUAAUAAUAUGAUAAUAAUGUACAAGAUAUAAGCAUUUAAGAUUAAAAAUCUCAAACUCUAUCUGAUGAUGAAAAUUAAGAUAAAUAAUCUAAUACAAAUGAGAAACUUGAUAUUGAAGAAAUACCAUCAAUUUAAGAAAUCAAAAUGAGAGGCAUGUAUACUUCAUUCUUAGAAAAGUUAACUGAUAUCAAAUUUAAAGAUCUUUGGGAUUAUUCUGAAGAUGAAUUUAAUUAAGUAAUUGAUUUGCUUAAAUGA